AAAUUUGGAUUGGAGCCUGACAUUGUGACAUUUACUACCUCAAUCAAUGGGCUUAGUAUGAAGGGUCAAAUCUAUGAAGCAGUAGAUUUUUUCGAUGACAUGGUUGGAGUAGGUUAUCAACCUAAUCUUCAUACUUACAAUGUUAUAGUUAACGGGUUUUGUAAAUUUGGGAAAGCAAAUGUGGCUGUUGGAUUGCUAAAGGGAAUGGUUGAGAGAGGUUAUGACCCAAAUGUCAUGACCUACAUUGCAGUAAUUGAUGCUCUUUGCAAGGAUAAGCUAGUUGUUGAGGCUUUAGACCUCUUCACUCAAAUGAUUCAAAGAGGUGUGGAGCCUAAUGUGGUUACUUAUAGCUGCUUAAUUCAUGGUCUUUGUAAUUUAGGCAAACAUAAUCAAGCUCUGGCUUUGUUGAAAAAAAUGGUGGGGCAAAACAUAUCACCUGAUGAUUUUACCUUCAACAUAUUGAUUAACACUCUUUGCAAGAAACGAUUGGUUUCAGAUGCUCAAAGUAUAAUCAAGAUAAUGGUUCAAAGAGGUGUGAAGCCUAAUGCGAUCACCUAUAGCACCAUAGUUCAUGGUCUGUGCUAUUUAGGCAAAGCGAAGGAAGCUUUGGCAUUGUUGAAUGAAAUGGUGAGGCAGAACAUGUCACCAAAUGUUCUUACCUUUAACAUAUCGAUUGGCACUCUUUCUAAGGAAGGGAUGGUUUCAGAGGGUCAAGGAAUUGUCGAUUUGAUGGUUAAAAGGGGCAUAAAGCCUGAUUGCACUUACAACUCAUUGAUGGAUGCAUAUUGCCUAUAUAGUCAAAUGAAUGAUGCUAGAAAAAUAUUUGAUAUGAUGGUAAUUGAUGGAAUAGUUUAUGUUUUUUGCUACAACACCUUGAUUAAUGGAUAUUACAAGAGCAGAAGGAUAGAUAAUUCAAAGAAACUUUUUGAUGAAAUGCCUCAAAAAGGUUUAGUUCCUAAUUCUGUUACCUUUAAUACUCUUAUAAAGGGCCUGUGGGAAGCUGGGAGGAUGCAAACUGCACAAGAGCUUUUCAAGAACAUGUGUUCUCAUGGUCAGCGGCUAAAUAUAAUAACUUUCUCAAUUAUGAUUCAUGGCUCAUGCAAAUUGGGGGACCUUAAUGAGGCAUUCACACUAUUUAAAGCAAUGGAAAAUAGUAAUUUGGAGCUUGAUCUUAUGAUCUAUAACAUUUUGAUCGAUGGCAUGUUUAAGGCUAGGAAGAUUAAUAAUGCCAAGGACCUAUUUUCUAUUCUCUUUGAAAAAGGUUUACAGCCUAAUAUUUUUACAUAUAUUGCGAUGAUAAAAGGACUUUGUAAAGAAGGAUUACUAGAUGAAGCAUACAAGGUCUUUAGAGAAAUGGAAUGGGUUGGAUGUUUACCGGAUGAUUGGUGUUAUGAUGUGAUUAUUCAAGGGUUUCUUAGGCAUAAGGAUGUACCAAGGGCAUGUCAACUUAUUAAAGAAAUGGUUGGUAAGGGAUUCUCUACCAAUGCCACGACCAUUGAAUUGGUAAUACAUUUAUUGCACAAUGAUGAUCAUAUUUUGAGAAAACUAUGA